AAUGAAUCCGACUCCAGCUCGAGUAGCAGCGCCUCCUCCCCGGACAUGGACGGCAUGUCUCUCCGUGAUCACCUUCAUCCUCAUCACCUCAACUCCUCAAACCACAUCGGCUCUUCAGUGUCCUCAUCCACGCAGAGCAGCGAGCACCAGCGCCAGAAGAUAUCCAGCGGAGAACACCUCCUGCUCUCCGGAGACUCAAAAUCUUCAGCCGUGGACAGACUGAAACUCAAGAAACAAGUCAGAGAGGAAAUGUACCACCUCCGGCUUAAGAUCAACGGCCGGGAGCGGAAGCGCAUGCACGACCUCAACCUGGCCAUGGGCCUGCGCGAGGUGAUGCCCUAUGCGCACGGGCCCUCGGUGAGGAAGUUGUCCAAGAUCGCCACGCUGCUUCUCGCCAGGAACUACAUCCUGAUGCUCACCAGCUCAUUGGACGAGAUGAAGCGGCUGGUCGGGGAGAUUUACGGCGGGCAGCACUCUGCUUUCCACGGCCCCGGUGGGCACGGCGGGGGUCCUGCUGCUGCAGCAGCGGCGGCUGCCGCCGCCGCCGCCGCUGCUGUGCACCAGGUGCACCCUCUCCUGGGCAGUGCGUUAACCUCUUCAGGACCUCCCACUCUAACGAGCGGGCUGCCAGGACUCACGUCAAUACGGGCACCCCACCCUCUGAUGAAGGGCUCCCCGGCUGCGCCCCCGGCCCUGCAGCUGGGCCCCGGCUUCCAGCACUGGGCCGGACUGCCGUGUCCCUGCACCAUCUGCCAGGUGCCCCAACCUCCGCACAUGCCCAUCACCUCCACCGGCCUCACGAGACUCACAGGGGAGAAGGACGUGCUGAAAUGAUGCCCACAGACACGCAAAGACUGAGAUGUGAUGCUGAUUGUAAAUAGAGAAUUCAGGGCAUGAGGGUGGAUUCGGCCUCACCUGUGCAUGCUGUUAUUAUGUCUGUUUUCUUGUUUGGCGUAUGAGAAAAAAAUGUUUAUUUUCCUCCUUGUAACAAGGACUUUAAAGACUGCUGAUGAAGGGGAAAAGUGAAAGUUGGGUGUCAUGCAACAAGCUGCCACGAGCCUCCUUAGUGUGACAGAGGUUUAGCCUCACAGUAUAAAGUGAAAGGUGAACGAGGCUGCAUGAACAUUUGGUUUUGAUUUGACAUUUUUCUGCAUCAGGCGUCAUUUUGUGAAAACGAAGAAUGCUCUCUGUGCCUUGUACCAAGGAUUUUAAACUUGAGUUCUAGCCUAUAUGAAAAUAUGAAAUGUAGGCCUAUGUGUUUGGCUAAAAUGGAACUGCUGCCAUUUGUUUGUUUCGGUUAUUAUUAUGCUGAGUGUGUCUCGCUGUUUGUCCAUUUGUGUCCAAAUUUUUCUUUAUUUGUAGCAUUUCUUUUCUGCAUGAUGGUAGCUUCAAUAAUCGCAGCAUGAUUGUUUUGCUGAACUGACUUUGUUAUGCCCAGAGACCCCGUGUCUUUAUUUUUGUACAUUGUUGAUGAAAUAUUUAUUAUCGCCCAGCGUCCCUGGAAGAAAUUUCAAUAAAACUGAGAUUACGAA